AUGCUUCGCACCCGCUCAGCUCGGAGCGUUCUGGGCAGCGAGCCCACGAGCUUCCAGCUGCCACCACGGUAUCAGUUCCAGAAGCUGCUGGGCAGUGGCAGCUAUGGGGUUGUCGCCUCCUUCCGCGAUGUCACGAGAGGAAAGGAAGUGGCAGUGAAACGAGUGCGAAGGGUGUUCGACAAUUUCCUCAUGUUGCGGCGCACGCUGAGGGAGAUCAAGUUGAUGCGACACUUCUGCCAUCCGAACCUCUUGCAGCUUCACGAUGUCCUACUGGUCGAGUCAGGCGGCGAGCUGUAUAUCUCCAUGGAGUUGAUGGACUGCGAUCUGGACAGGCUCGUGAGAGGCCGCGGCGCCCCUCUCGAGGAGUCCGUGGCCAAGCGCUUCUGUGCGCAGAUCCUGCUUGGCCUCCUUCAUCUCCAUCUCGGACACGUGAUCCACCGGGAUCUAAAGCCGGCGAACAUCUUCGUCCGCCUCAAAGAGUUGGAAGUCAAGAUCGGGGAUCUGGGUCUCAGCCGAGGAAUCGCUGUAGACUUCUCGGGGGAGGCUCUCCACCCUCUGGAAGAACAUCUCACCGAGUACGUGGUCACCCGCUGGUAUCGUGCGCCAGAAGUGCUGCUGGCAAGAUCCAAGUAUGGGCCGAAAGUUGAUGUUUGGUCCGUCGGCUGCAUUCUCUACGAGAUGUGGACGGCCAAGGCUCUCUUCCCUGGCAAGAACAGCGUGGAUCAGUUGACCAAGGUCAUGGGCGUCUUGGGGACACCGACUGAGCAGGAUCAGUGGUGGGUUCCGAAGGAGUCCAGGUCCCUGUUGUCUCGAGCCCUGGCUCCCACGGCUCGGCCUCGGGGAGUUGGCCCGGCGAAGAUGCCUGGCAUCCCAGCAGAGACCGGUGAAGACUUUCUCCACAAGCUAUUGUGCUUUGACCCUUCGCGACGGCUGUCUGUUGAAAACGCGUUGCAACACCCUUACUUGGGCGGUUGUACCCAAGAAGCAGAACUCAACAUGGUGAAGGUGGUGGAGCCGCCGGAUGUCAGCUACGAUCAGCAGUUCGAUGGGCUCAGCAAGGGUGGGGAAGCAUCCGCUCUCUCACGGCUGACGCAGAUGCUGCGCAAGGAGGCAAACUAUGCGCGAGUGGCUCGCAAGUCUCCGCGCUCCAUCAGCCGGGAGCCUUCCUCUGCUCGUCUGCGAUACGGGCAGAAAGCCGAUGAUGUCCGGCCAAGCAUGGCCACACUCGGGGCCUGCAAUGGACCAGGUGCUUCAAAGAUCGGAGGGACUUCCGGUAGCCAAGGCAGGGCGAGGCAUGUCGCCCAGAAGGCUUCCAUGUCAGAUCGGCGUCGACCGAGCACUGGCGGUUACAUCGCAACACAGAAGGCCAGGGUCGAAGCACCUAGCAGUGUGGAACCCGUUCAACCCGUCGCUGCGGAUGUUCUGGAGCUUCUAGACCAUCCUUCAGCCCCAGCUGCUUCAUCGGCAGCCACAUCAUCCAUCAACCCGAACAACGCAAGGCUUCAGCGCCGUGCAACAGUGCCUGCAGCAGCGAUUCCUUGCGCUGCGGGGCUCAGGAGCCGUGCUGCAUGGAAAAAAGCCAUCGCUGCAGCGCAGACAGCCAGAGCGGUGGUGGAAGGUGGUGAGGCAUCGACACCAAGAUCGAAAGGCAGCAGCGAGCGUCAGGACAGCGCCCAGAAGACGGUCUGCCCUUUCUCUCGGAAAGACCUGCAGCGUGAGAGCGCUGUCACAGUCGAGGCCAGCAAGCUCAAGCCUAAGUCGGUCCCAGGCGAAGCGCAGGAAGCCAGGAUUGCGGAGGAGCUGCAGCAGCUUCAGGAUCUGCAGGAUCAGCAAGAAAGGAGGCUGACUCAUGUACUGGGGAAGUCCCAGCAACUUUCUGCUGGAUUGGAGGCAGAACAGAGGGGCGAAAGUACGGAGGAGGCGAAGCCGAGGAAGGUGAAGGAUCCGAAGGCCCAGGUGGUCCAGGAAUGCAGGGAUGCCGCUGACUCGCCCUCUCGUGGUUUGCGGGCCGCAGCUGCCUUUGCCAGCGACCGGGCGGCACCCAACCUGGAGCCAAGCCUCUGGGAUCAACUUCUCCAGGAGGCCGAGGAGGCCCAGCAAGGGGCCCAAGGCGCCCAAAAGGCCCAAGAGGCACCGAAAAUCACGGCGGCGAAGCGCCGCUCCUCCCCGAGAAGAAAAGGCCAGCAGCCGCAGCAAAGCGCCCAGUCACAGCGGACCCCAAGGUCGCAAAGCGAAGUCGAUGCGACGAUGCCGCGACGGCGCUCGGCCGUCAUUGAGCGGCGCUCCGUCUGCCAUCGUUCGGCUUCACGGGAUACGAGCCGAAACUCUCUGCAAAAGGCCAGUCCGAGGAGUGAGAAAGCGAAAGGCCCAGGUGUCCGGCCGAAGACCGACAGUCAGAUGGAGACUCUGCAGCCGGUGGCCGAUGGGGAGCCGAGCAGGCCCCAACUUCAGGAGACGCCGCCGGAACAGACCCAGACGCGGCAUCUGAAGCUUGGCUGGGCCUCCUCGGACUCACCCGUGAUCGAGCAAGGCGGAGAGAGACAUGCCGGCCGGAUCGCAGCAAGUGCUCCAGGUCCAAAGAACGACACUGGCCCCUUGCGCCCUAGCGGUGCGGCGGCAACCGAUGCGGAGAAGAAAGUCCAGCCUACUCCCCCGGCAGCGAUCGCGGAGUGUGAGACUGCGCUGAGCGAUAGCCCUCUCCACAGGAGCGUCUGCGAGAUGCCAUCGCUGCGGCCGAAGCCCAGCGCGCAGAGUCAGAGGCGCCUUUCCGGUUUCAGCUGGCCCCGCUGCGCCAUCGGCCCCGUCAAGGCUCUGCAGACGAUUUGCUUACAGAGGAGGGGUGCCUUGCUGCGGCUGAAGGAUUCCUUGAAGAAGGUCGAUCCCGAACCCUCCUUGGCACGCCUUUCCGUGGCGCGAGAAGCCUCUGCGACUUUGCGGAAGCAGCUGCAAAGUGGGGACAGAGCCAGACCUGAAGGAGUUGAAGGGCAGAGCGUCGCUACGACCGGCGAGGUCGCGGGCGGUUCUCUGAAUUGCAAAGAAGCCGCGGAAGGAGAUGCGCAAGGCUCACGGGAAGCGCCUGAGCCGGAGCUCUGCAGCAGCCCAGUGCAGCGGACGGCAGCCGCAUGGAGGGUCGAGGCUUCGAGGCUCAGCCUUGCCCUGACUGAACGGCGCCGACUCAACGAGUGUCUCAAGCUCGAGGUGCAGACCUUGGAGAGUGCCUUCCAGUCCUUGAUCCAGCUCGGUGACCACCAAGUGGCGGACCUCUCCUGUGUUCAGGAGCGGAAUGCAACGCUGUCGCAAGAGCACGAGCAGUCGAGCCUGGAGUGCCGCGAGCAUCACCGGGAUUACUGGCAAGAGCAGGCACCUUAUCAGGGGUCAGACAUGGACGACGUGGACGGCUUGCAGCUGCGGGCGGCUGGCCUCCACAAGGAGCUGAGCAAAUUGGAGGCAAAGCUCCUGGAUGCCCGAAGUGCUGCCGACAGUGCGGCCCAGGACGCCUUGGGUGCCGCACGUGGCGUUCUCGACAAGAGCAUCGAGGCUGCGUUGCAGUCGCCCAGUGAGGGAUCCCCUCCAGUCAUGGCCACUGGCAAGGAGGCCUAUGAGCAGGCUCAGCUGCCCCAGCCUGCCUUUGACGAGCCAGAGGGCGAGUUAGCCGCGGGCGAUGCAGAGGACGCCACGAGCGACCUGGGGAGCUUCGAUGAGCUGCCGGAAGCAGCAGCAGAGGAAGUGGAGGAAGCGGACGUGGGGAGCGAUGGCAUCCGAGAUGUGCAUGGCUAUGGCACCGGCAAGGAGGUGUCGGCGGACUCUGGUGCUUCGGUGCCGGGUUCGUCCCCAGCAGAGCAAGCUGGUAAAGCGGCAAUCUGUGAGCAAGCACAGCCCGCAACGUCGGACAAGGAACGGGCCUUGGACAUCGGCAAUGCCAUUAAGAGCAUGUCGAGGCACAUCGAACGGUUUGAACGUGCCAGCAGAACAGCCCGAAUCGCACCUCCUCCGUCAAGCCCCGAUGCAGCUGUCCUCUCUGGUGUGGCAACUGCAGGCUCCCUUCGGCAGACGGCUGCAGGGUCGGACCCCGCAAGGAUUCUGGAGGAGACGGUGAAAGAAAAUCGUACCCUCCAGCUUCAAAUCGAACAUUGCCGAGAGAGGUUGCGGCAGAGGUUUCUGCAGCAGGAGAUUGCGCAGCACCGACUGAAGGCUCAGCUCCAAAGUGCUCGGCCGACGCAGGGCCGCCACGCGCCAACCGCCGUGCCUCGGGGGAUCGCUGGCACUGGGCCGAAGCAGUUCGCCUGA